UGUCCUAAUAUUGUCUCGGCGAGAGAGAGACGAGUGGUCAUCACAGCAUAGCAGCUUCCGCUCCAGACUAGUAAAUCGGUACGAAAGAAGUACAUUAACUACUAUAGAGUGUGUUUCAGUCGCCAGGACCAACUACUAUUUUACAAGCAUUGGUUCUGCCAUUGUUGAGGCAGCAUCAUGACCCGACAUGCCAGGAACUGUACUGCAGGAGCAGUGUACACCUACCAUGAGAAGAAGAAGGACACACAACAGUCAGGGUAUGGGUCACAGAGAGCGAGACUCAGCAAGGACUCCAUCAAGGACUUUGACUGUUGCUGCCUGACACUCCAGCCUUGUAAAAACCCAGUGGUGACUCCUGAUGGCUAUAUCUAUGAUAAAGAAGCAAUUCUUGAGUACAUUCUCCACCAGAAGAGAGAGAUAGCAAGGCAGCUGAAAGCUUACGACAAACAGAGGAAGAAGUUCCAGGAAGACGAGGCUCAGAAGCAGAAGAGUGAGAAGCAUUCCAAGAUAAAAGCUUUUGUGGAUAAAGAGAAGAGUAUCGUCAGCAAGCCACUCAAUCCCUUCACUGGAGCUGGACCCUCAAAGACAAAGGAUGAGACAGAGACUGCAGGGGCAAGUGCAGCUGGACCCAGUACCAGCACUAGUACAGGAGGUGCAGCCAAGGAUAAACAACUCCCCAGCUUCUGGAUUCCCUCUCUCACACCCAAGGCAGAGGAAACCAAGCUGAAAAAACCUGAGGAGAAGGUUCGCUGUCCCAUGAGCGGCAGACCGCUGAAGAUGAAGGACCUGAUCCCCGUCGUCUUCAAACCUGUCAACGAUCGGGACAACAAGACAUCCCUCAUUGUCAAACAGGUUCGUUAUGUUUGUGCUGUUACUGGUGAUGCUCUUGGCAACUCUGUGCCCUGUGCUGUUCUGAAGCCAUCAGGUGCGGUGGUGACCAUGGACUCUGUGGAGAGACUGAUUAAGAAAGACAUGACUGAUCCAGUGUCUGGAGACAAGCUGACAGACAGGGAUAUCAUCCCCAUACAGAGGGGUGGCACUGGUUUUGCCAGCAGUGGAGUAAAGCUGGAGGCGAAACAAGACGGUCCAGUCAUGCAGGCAUAGGUCUGUCAACGUGCAGGAUUCAAGUCCUUUUACAUCUUAUGUUGAAAGUCUGGAUAAGGUCACUGGCUUUUGGGGGGUUGUAAAUACAGUGUGUAUUAAUUGAAUGCAAUGUGGUAUUUGUAGUUUUUAUUGGACAGGGAAGCACAGUCAGCAGGUGGGUUAGGGAAACAAAAUCAGCACCAGGGACAGGUAAAGCAUGGAACACAUCUGCAAGCUUCUUUAUAUUUGAAGUCAUUUCAAAUGUGUUGUAUUGUAUUGUAUUACUUUACUUAAAGAAACAAUAAAGUCUGUAGACAUUGAGUAUAUGGG